GCAGCCAUGUCCGGACGCGGCAAAGGCGGGAAGGGCCUGGGCAAGGGCGGCGCCAAGCGCCACCGCAAGGUGCUGCGCGACAACAUCCAGGGCAUCACCAAGCCCGCCAUCCGGCGCCUGGCGCGGCGCGGCGGCGUCAAGCGCAUCUCCGGGCUCAUCUACGAGGAGACGCGCGGGGUGCUCAAGGUGUUCCUGGAGAACGUGAUCCGCGACGCCGUCACCUACACGGAGCACGCCAAGCGCAAGACGGUCACGGCCAUGGACGUGGUGUACGCGCUCAAGCGCCAGGGCCGCACCCUCUACGGCUUCGGCGGCUGAGCCCGGCUCCCCGCCCCGUCUCCCCCCAAAGGCCCUUUUCAGGGCCGCCCACCCCCUCUCGGAAGGG